AUGAAGGCAUUUCCUUCUGUCUUUGUUGCUCUCCUCCUCCUCAGUCUCUUCUCAGUUGAUGCCACUCUUGAAGAAACAUGCAAGGAAUUAGCCAAACCAGGGUAUGAUAUAAACUUCGACUUCUGUAUGACGACCCUUCAAGUUGUUCCAGGAAGCGAUAAAGCCGACAAUCUAGGUCUUACCAUUAUAGCAGCGAACUUAACAUACAUCAACUUCACGCACAACCAAGCUAAGGCCGAGGAGCUGAUAAACGACAAGAACGUGUCCGAGGAGGACAAAAAGAGUCUUGCUGUCUGUCACGAACUCUACGACAUGGGCGCUUACACGCUACUUAACGAUGUCAUUAAGGAUCUCGGGUCUCCCCCUAUCGAUUUUGAUAAGUUGAAUUCCGAUUUGGGUGCUGUAUGGGACGAUGCUAGCACGUGCAACGAUACUUGGAAUGAGGGGAAGCAGAAGUCUCUAAUGGCUAAAAUGACGAUUGCCAGAGGUAGGAAGACUGGUACCCUGUAUAUGACAGCAGGCUAA